AUGCCAUCAAUGCUGCGGACCUUCUGCCCUCCAAGCAAAAGCACCAGGUUUGUUCGGAACUCUAGCUCGCCACGAAUCUUCUCCGUAUCUCAAGUCAGGAGCCUCUCCAACAAUCCCAAAAGCAAAAGCCAGCAGCGCAAUGAACCCCCCAACCCAAAUUCGCGAAAAGACAAGCAACAAUUCUCCCCGCCAAGGAAGCCACUGUCUAAAUACGUAUGGCGUAUAAUCGGGCCCAGUUCUCAUACGAUGAUGCGAUACGCGAAGAACAAGUGCGAGCAAAGGAUCUCCAUGUUUUGGGGUCUCGCGUUUAAUGCACCGAUGAACACAUUUUCUUUCUUGAUGAUUUUUGUGGUUCUGUUCUUCGCCAUUGAGAUGGAUAUUAGGAAUUGGCUUCACGAGAAGAGGGAUAGGCAUGGGAAGAAGGAACGCAGUCGAUUUUAUAAUGGAGCUGGAAAUGAAGUUGGGGAGGGGGAGUUCAUGUGGAUGGGAAAGCCCAGUAAUGGAGAAUACGGUGGCAGGAAGGGCUGA